AUGCCAGGUACUCGUUUACAAGUGGGAAAAAUUGAACCACAUGAGAAAGAUAAAGGUAUAACACUAGUAUAUUUACAAGAACAAUCUGUGACAGGAAAAGAAGCACCUAUGCCAAUCUUGAUGAGGUCGGAAAGUCAAUAUGAGCAGACACCAUCUGGUAAGAAUGGAACUCUUGCUAAGACCAAUGCUAUUAAUGGUAUAGGCACUUCGAAUAUUGUGCUUGGUCUAAAACCAAAAGAAGUUUAUUUUGAUGCUUAG